GUGGAGACAGCAUGUGAUGUAAUUGACUGGAUGAUCAGACAUGGAUAUCCCUUUACAGGUCUGAGGGAAGAACCAUGAUGCUGAUGUGGAUUUUGGUGGUGACCACACUGCUUGUCAGUGAUGUGGCAGUCUCAAUUCCUAUCCAACAAAAUGGGAAUGAUCCCGUGGACAUGAAGCAGCGAUGGACCCCGUAUUACGUUCUAAACCAAGGACAUUGUGAUGAAAAUUGGUUUUAUUUUUCUGAUCUAAACUCCUGUUUCCGGUAUUACCAUUACCUAAUGACAUGGAAUGAAGCUGAGAAAUUCUGCAAUCGAUACUCACAUUAUGGAAAUCUGGCAACUGUGACCUCAAACAGACACAACAAAUUCAUUUCAAAAGUGAUCAGUUAUGUGGAUGAAAACACGCCAGGGACGUGGAUUGGCCUGAAUGACAUAUGGAAGGAAGGGAAUUUCACAUGGAGUGAUGGAACUAUCUACAGCUAUAGCAAUUGGGCUGACUCUGAACCCAAUGAUCAACAUUUCUAUGAAGACUGUGUGCAGAUUCAUUUUUUUUCAGAUUCUGAAAAGUGGAAUGAUUAUGACUGUGACGAGUCACAUGGUUUUGUUUGUUCGUACAAACUGCAAUGAAAUUGGAAGACUCCAGAACCAUCCACUCAUGAUUUCAAACAGUGGAUUCAGUGCCCUGAUUUCUUUGUAGCUGCUCUCACUGUCUGUGGUGUCUGUACUCACAUAGUUUCUCAGCCAAUAAUAAAGAGA